UUGACCAUUCAUCAGUGUGAUCCUAAGUCGCAGGACCAUCAACCCCUCCCCCUCACCCUUAGUCAUGAUGUGGCCGUAACAGUUUAGGGGUAGACAGAAAGCGUCAAAGCGUGUGGGAGACAGAAUAUGGGAAAGAGAACAAAAGCGACAACAGAAAAAACAACAAACAGACCGCUUACGCAAUCAAGUUGAAGUGAGAGAGAUAGACAUAGAGAACCAACCGUCAACGUACUAGCCAUGGACACAGACGACUUGUUGGGGUUCUCGACAUCGGAUGUAUCAUCCAACAACACACGCAUUGUACCGGCACAGUCGCUGCCACAGAACUUUUCACAAUCUCUUUCAAGCUCUUUCCCCAAUAGACCGAAGACGCUUUCAGAGAGCUUCCAGGACGGUAAGAUUACGAAGGCACCAAGUAGAAGGAAGAGCGUGAAGAAAGAAGACAAUGACGACGAUGAAGAGGAGUCACAGGAUCGGAAACGAAGAGAUAAUAUGAAUGAGAAAAUUCAAGAACUGUUGGCUCUGAUACCUGACCAUUACUUUUCCGACCCCAAGGAUAAGAGUAGCGGGACGAAGGAUGGAAAACCAAACAAGGGACAGAUAUUGACAAAGGGCGUUGAGUACAUCCAAGAUCUACAGAACAAGAUUGACGAGAAUAACAGGAAGGAAGUGGGGCUGGUAUGGAAGUUGAAAAAGCUUAUUGAUACAAAGGGGAUUCAGGUGAACGAUAUCAACCUGAGUAAUACCAGCGCAGAAGUUGUACUUGCAGGCAUCGGUGUUGGUCCAUUGGCCGGGACACAGGAGCCUCCUGUCAAGAAAAGCCCUAACAACAACUUUGAAUACGGAGGUUAUGAUCAAUACAGUUGACGCCGCCUCUCCUUUUGAAGCUACAUUGGGAAAUGGAAGGAGUUACAAAUAUUUACAAGAGUAUACACUGAAGAAUUGGACCCCUUUUACAAACUUGGCAUUCUCAUGAUCACCUUCUCCUUAUUCUCGGAAAACUCCUGUAGUUGUUUCAGGAUCUUUGAAUCUUUCCACUUAUCUGGCAAUGGUGUUAUUGCGUAGUUCUUCGUAGCCCAAUAGUAAAUGUCCCAGUCCAGUUCAUCGAGUAACUUGUCGUACUCAUCGAGCUCAGCUUCUGUGAACGAGUCCAAGUAUUUCUUUGAGAACCUGGAGAGCAAGAGGUCGGUCUCCAAUAUACCUCUCUUACGGCUCUGAUACGUCAAACGG